CUGACAGAAAGUCGUCCUCAGUCCAGAGCUAAACUCCAACACUAAAGCCCCUUUUCAAGUCAAGAAACUAGCGUUUUCUUGUAAUCAGCAGAAAACCCCUAUCCGCAAGAUGCUGACAACAACGUUUUCUUGUUUAAUACUAACUAAAUUCCACUGACAAUGAUUAACAGACAAGGUUUAGGUCCUAUUUCUUCAUUGGGAUUCUCGGUUUGAUUUGUGGGUCAGUAAUUGUUUGGUCUCAUAUUGUUGUGUUUGUGGGGUUGGUCUAUUUAUUGAAGCUUUGGAGACUUGAGUUCAGCUGUAGCAACAAUGGCGGGGUUUCGUGUAUUUUUGGUUGUUUUUACUGUGUGCGUUGUGUGUGUUUUGGUGGAGUGUAAGUACAUGGUUUACAACACGUCGCAAGGUAUUGUUCCCGGGAAGAUUAAUGUGCAUUUGGUUCCUCACACGCAUGAUGAUGUUGGGUGGUUGAAGACUGUUGAUCAGUACUAUGUUGGAUCAAAUAAUUCGAUUCAGGGAGCAUGUGUGCAGAAUGUGUUGGAUUCAUUGAUUCCGGCACUGCUGGCUGAUAAAAAUCGAAAAUUUGUUUACGUCGAACAGGCAUUUUUCCAGCGGUGGUGGAGACAGCAGAGUGAAGCUGUGAAGAAGAUAGCCCAGAUGCUUGUUACCUCUGGUCAACUUGAGUUGAUAAAUGGUGGUUGGUGCAUGCAUGAUGAGGCGGCAACACAUUACAUUGACAUGAUUGAUCAGACAACACUGGGGCACAAAUUUAUUAAAGAGCAGUUCAAUGUAACUCCUAGAAUUGGUUGGCAAAUUGACCCUUUUGGACAUUCUGCUGUUCAGGCUUACCUUUUGGGGGCAGAGGUAGGAUUUGAUGCUCUUUUCUUUGGUCGUAUUGAUUAUCAAGAUAGAGCCAAAAGGAGAGAUGAUAAGAAGCUUGAGGUUAUCUGGCAGGGGUCCAAAAGUCAUGGUUCUUCUUCUCAGAUAUUUGCUGGCGCUUUCUAUGCCGGGAACUAUGAACCUCCAACUGGCUUUUAUUUUGAAGUCAAUGACGAUUCCCCUGUAGUCCAGGAUGACAUCAAUCUAUUUGAUUACAAUGUUCAAGAGCGCGUCAAUGAUUUUGUAGCUGCUGCAUUCUCACAGGCUAAUGUUACUCGUUCAAAUCAUGUCAUGUGGACUAUGGGGACAGAUUUCAAGUAUCAAUAUGCAGAGACAUGGUUCCGGAAUAUGGACAAGCUCAUACAUUAUGUGAAUCAAGAUGGCCGUGUCAAUGCCUUAUAUUCAACGCCAUCUUUAUACACUGAUACUAAACAUGCUUUAAAUGAAUCCUGGCCUCUUAAAACUGAUGACUAUUUCCCAUAUGCAGACCGUAUAAAUGCUUAUUGGACUGGAUAUUUUACAAGUAGACCAGCCAUCAAAGGCUAUGUCAGAAUGAUGAGCGGCUACUAUUUGGCAGCAAGGCAGUUAGAAUUUUUUAGAGGAAGAAGUAAAUCAGGGCCAACAACUGACUCUUUAGCUGAUGCUUUGGCAAUUGCACAACAUCAUGAUGCAGUUACUGGUACCGAAAAGCAACACGUUGCUAAUGACUAUGCAAAACGGCUUUCAAUAGGUUACAAGGAGUCCGAGGGAGUUGUAGCAGCUUCUCUUGGUUGUCUGACACAAUCAUCACCGUCUUCAGGAUGCAAGAGACCUGUCAACUUCAACCAGUGCCCGCUUCUGAACAUAAGUUAUUGUCCUGCAUCGGAAAUUGAUCUUUCCCCUGGGAAAAAAUUAGUGGUACUUGUCUACAACUCUUUGGGGUGGAAAAGAACAGGUGUCGUGAGGAUUCCUGUUAUCAAUGAUAAUAUCACUGUUAAAGAUUCUACUGGAAAAUUGAUUACGUCACAGCUUCUUCCUAUUGUUAAUGCUUCGAUAACAAUGAGAAAAUUCUACACGAGUGCAUAUAUGGGAGAGUCUCCUUCCACCACCCCCAUGUAUUGGCUCGCGUUUACAGCAGUAGUUCCUCCUUUGGGUUUUAACACCUACGUGAUCUCAAGUGGUAAAACCACAGCUUCUACUUCGAUAAAACCAACAUCAUACGUGUUUGGCGGAAGUCAAACCCGUGCUAUAGAAAUAGGGCCUGGAAACUUGAAGCUUAUAUACUCUGGAGAUGAUGGAAAGCUUACGCAAUACACUAAUAGCAGAAACUUGGUGAACAUUUCUCUAGAGCAAUCAUACAUUUAUUAUGCUGGAGAUGAUGGGCAUAAGGAUUUGCAGGCUUCGGGAGCAUACAUUUUUCGACCAAAUGGCACAUUUCCGAUACAAUCUGAAGGAAAGAUCCCACUUACGGUUUUCAGAGGACCACUCUUUGACGAAGUCCAUCAGAUGAUUAAUUCAUGGAUAUAUCAGAUUACAAGAGUUUACAAGGAGAAGGAACAUGCUGAGAUUGAAUUUGUUGUUGGUCCCAUACCCAUUGACGACGGGAUUGGAAAAGAGAUUGUAACUCAGAUAAAAACAAAGAUAGAAAACAACAAAAUGUUUUACACAGACUCUAAUGGACGUGAUUUUCUAGAACGGAUCCGAGACUACAGAGCUGAUUGGGACCUUCAAGUCAACCAACCAAUUGCAGGAAACUACUACCCUAUCAAUCUUGGAACUUACAUCAAAGAUAAGAACACAGAGCUCUCAAUUUUGGUGGAUAGAUCGGUUGGAGGAUCAAGUAUUACUGACGGUGAAGUGGAGAUAAUGCUCCACAGGAGACUGCUCCAUGACGAUGGUAGAGGCGUUGCCGAGGCUCUAAACGAAACAGUUUGCGUUCAUGAUACAUGCUCUGGAUUAACUGUCCAAGGAAAGUACUAUCUGAGGUUGGAUCCACUUGGAGAGGGAUCCAAGUGGCGUCGGUCAUUUGGACAGGAGAUAUACUCGCCGUUUCUUUUAGCUUUCACCGAGCAGGAUGAUAAGUGGAUGAAUUUCCCCAGACCAACUUUUUCGGCCAUGGAUCCUUCUUACACUAUCCCCGAUAAUGUUGCGAUAAUAACCCUCCAGGAGCUCGAAGACGGAAGUGUUCUCCUUCGGUUGGCUCAUUUAUACGAGGUUGGAGAGGACAAGGACUUAUCCGUCACGGCAACCGUGGAACUUAAGAGAGUUUUCCCAAAUAAAAAGAUAAACAAAGUCAAGGAAACAAGUCUAUCUGCUAACCAAGAAAGAGCAGAAAUGGAGAGGAAGAGACUAUCUUGGAAAGUCGAAGGCUCCAACGCAAAACAAGAAACCAUUUCCAAAGGCGGCCCUGUCGACCCUGUGAAGCUCGUCGUUGAGCUUGCCCCAAUGGAGAUACGAACGUUCAUCAUUGACUUCAACUCAAACCUCGUCCAGUACUGAAAGGUGAACGUAAGUUGCCGCAUGCCGUUUAAUGACUUAUACUAAAUAAAGAGCUCGAAUAACAGUCACGCCAAUGAGUCUAGACGAGGAGUCGUCUGUGUGUCGAGGGGUAGAUGCAGCAAAGGUGCAGCUGGUUCUCUAGGCUUCAUGUGGUUUGAGGGGAAGAUGUUGAGCUCAUGUAUUAGGAUAGGAAAUAAUGUUUGCUUGCAUGGAGAAAUAUGAACCAGUUUGGAACUGUUUGGUAUUUGUUGGUGAAGUUAAUGGAAAUGUAAAUAUAAAUGGCAUACCAUUUUUGUGCUUA